AUGGAUGAUGUAAGUGAUAUACGAAGGGAGAUUGAGAAUCUUUGGCGUGAAAUAGUUUCGGAAUUGAAUUAUGCUUUAUCAGAUGACUGUAUGAGGGAAAUGCAGGCAAGGAAUGUGUUGAAAACACGUUAUCAUAAGUUUCGACUAUCGCUGCAAGGAACAAUUGAUGCUAUCAAAGAAUUCGCGAAAGCAGAACUGACGGUGGUGGAAUUGCCUUCGAAUCCAUUUGAUAGUGAGAUAUUCGAAAUAUCAUAA